AUGGAAGCUCUUGGUUCUACUGUCAUUGAUGGCGCUAAAACGUUUCUUGAGUCCGCUUAUUCAAGGAUUAAGACCUUUUCCAAACGUGAAGAAAACAUUCGCCAACUCCGUCAACACAUUACAGAGCUCACCAUCAAAAAGAUGUCCAUUCAAGAAGACGUAACCUUGGCCAAACUAGAAGGAAAAACUCCAAAAGACCAAGUAAAUGAAUGGCUCAAGAAGGUUUCCAAAGUUGAAGAUGAUGUACGGCCAUUGUUAGAGAUGCCUGAUCAACAUGCUGAUGGUGGUAGGGGAUCCAAUAUGGUGCACAGGUACCUACAAUGUUGGACAGUGGCAAAGAAACUCGAUCUAGUGGAAGAGCUUAAUUCUACUUAUUUUGAAACUGUCGCCCCUGAAAGACACUCUCCCAUUAAAGCAGUUGAGGAAAUCUCGGUGCCACCCCUCGUGGGGAAGAGGGCAACAUCAAAUAUGAAACAGCUUUUGGAAAUCUUGAACAGGACCGAUAUCCGGAGGAUUGCGGUCUGGGGCAAGGGUGGCAUAGGGAAGACGAUAUUGGUCAAGAACUUGAGCAAUCUGCUCUACUUUUCCUCUCCAAAUUCUUUUGAUAUUGUCAUAUGGGUUCAAGUGUCCAGGGAAUUGGAUUUGAGCACAAUUCAGUCUCAGAUUGCUAAGAGAAUUCAUUUAAAAGUGGAAGCAGGAGACACCACUCACAAUAUAGCUAUUAGAAUUCUUCGAAGAUUGAAGCUGAGAAGGAAGAUCCUAUUGAUCCUUGAUGAUGUAUGGGAAAAGAUCGACUUGGAUGCUAUGGGUAUUCCAUCAAGGGACCCCUGCUGUAAGGUUCUUUUAACCACUCGAUCUCGUGAUGUGUGCAGGGACAUGGCCGUCGAUGUUUCUUUUCCAAUGAAUCUUAUGAAUGAAGAAGAUGCUUGGGAUCUCUUUAAUGAGAGUGCUGGACCUAUCAUUGGUCCGGAUGGGAGAGAAUCUCCAGCAAGGAAAAUUGUCGCAGAUUGCCACGGACUUCCGUUGGCAAUCAAGACUCUUGGAAAGUUCAUGAGGGACAGGCCACAGAUCGAGUUGUGGCGUAAUACAGCUCUUUGGCGGCAGUGCUCGUCGCCCUUGUUCAAGAACAUUGAGAAAGAGGUCUUUCGGCCUCUUGAAAUGAGUUAUCAUUACUUACCAAGUAAGAUUCUUAAGCAAUGUUUUUUGUAUUGUUCUUUGUACCCAGCAAGCUUCUCAAUAGAUGUUGCUGAACUAAUCCAAUGUUGGGUGUCUGAUGGCCUAAUCAAUGAGAACCAAAGUAUGGCGGAAGCAUUCAAUUACGGGGUUGCUUUGGUUGAACACCUGAAGGAUUCGUGCCUACUUGAUCAAGAUGGUUCAAGGGGAACUGUGAAGAUGCAUGACAUUUUCCAUGAUUCUGCCAUACGUCUGUCUGAGAGAGAGGAACUAUAUGGAUUUCACUGUCAAUCUGGGGUUCCAUUUCAUCAGAUGCCAAAGGAGUCCUCUAGGAGGUUUUCUUUGAUGGGCUGCAGGAUCGAAAAGUUGCAAGCAUUUCCUGUAUGUUCCCAGUUGACUGUCUUGCUUCUCCAAGGUAAUCCUAUAAAAAGAAUCCCAGACGACUUCUUUCAGAAUGUCAAGUCACUGAGGGUACUGAAUUUAAGCAACACACGAAUUACUGCUUUGCCACCAUCUUUUCUUUGCUUGGGCGAAUUGCGUGCUCUCUUUCUCAGAGGUUGUAAUUUAAUGAAGCUACCGUCUCUUAAAGCUCUUGGCAAACUGUUGGUUCUUGACCUUUCUAGCACCCUAAUAAGAGAACUUCCUAGAGGGUUAGGAAGUUUAUCUAGUUUGAGAGAAUUAAACUUGUCAUGCACACACUUCCUAGAGAAAGCCAUAGCUGGAAGCAUAUUAGGGUUAUCAAGUCUUGAGACUCUAGAUGUGUCUUUCAGUGCUUAUAAUUGGAACAUGAAGACGGGUGCUGACCAAAGAGCAAGGUUUGAUGAGUUAUUAUCGUUGGACCACCUCUCAGUCCUUAGGAUAAGGUUGGAUUCCGUAGAGCGUCUUGCAUCUACAGUCGCAUCUUCUUGGCUGAAGAAAUUAACAAGGUAUGAUAUCCAUAUCAGUCCAAGAAGUUUUGACUCAAACUAUCAUGUAGCCCAACACAAUGAGAAAAGGUUGGUUCUUAGAGGAGUUGACCUUCUGCAAGAAGACCUUCGGGAUGUUUUAUACAACACAAGUUCCCUAGACAUGUUAACGUGUGUAGGCAUGACCCAAAGACACUGGCUUAGCCUCUCAUCUUUGAUAUCACUCACUAUAUCAAACUGUGACGAUAUAACAUGUUUGAUAAACAAGGAAAGUAGUUCCCAGGUAAUGUUUCCAAAUCUGCAGCACUUGGUUCUGGAUCAUUUGAAAAAUUUAGUGACUACUGUCGAGUCUAUACUCCCAAGAGGCAAAUGCCUUAGCAAUCUGAAGACCAUUCAUGUUUUGGAUUGCCCAAUGUUAAGAGGAGCCAUCUCAUAUGCGAUGCUUCGUCAUGUUGGAAAGCUUGAAGAAAUCAAGGUAAGUGGUUGUGAAAAUAUGUGUCGAAUCAUCGAAUCAGGGGGGCAUGCCAAAACUCUUGCGGUUUUGAGGGUCAUAAAUAUAAGCAACAUGGUGAAUUUGACAAGCAUAUGUGAUGGUACAUCAGUUUGUCCAGUGUUGGAACAGAUUGAAGUUUCUGGUUGCUGGGGGUUGAAGAAACUUCCUCUUUCAAUCUCAAGUUCAUGUAGCCUGAAGGAGAUUAGAGGGGAUAUCGAGUGGUGGAACAAUUUAACAUGGGAAAAUGAUGUUGUCAAGAGAUACUUUGAACAACACUUUCAAGCAUGCCCCAGGGAGGAGAACUGCUCAAGAAAGAGAAAAUAUAAGAACACAAGUUAA